AGAAAAGGUCCGGUGCAUCGAGUUGUGAAGGUUCCAGAGUUGAUGGACGUGAUCGGUCUCCUGCGACAACGCCGACAACGUGCUAUUGUGCGGCGCCAGCUUUGGCUACAUCGCACGGGCUACAUCACCUUGAACAGCAAGCGUAUCGAGCACUACAUUCAGACUCUUUCAUCACAUCAUUCUGCAGACAUCCAUCACCUUGCGCAGCUCAGAGCUACCCUUCGAGGCAAAGUCAGAGCAAUGGCGGAGUCCUGGAGAUGCAAAAGAUGUUGGAAGGUGUUGAGUGGAAAACACCAACAUUGCCCCCAUUGCGGUGGACGAUGGGAUCGUGUACAAGAUACUUCCUUCCAGCCUCCAGAGCGAAGGGAGCAAGAGCGUCCAUCAUCUCAAGGACGUGGCAAGUCCCCGCAUGGGAGAAAUGUGCAAUGGACUGGGGGUCAGAGACACCAACAAGCAGCCUCCGAAAGGGGAAGAAGUGGCUCCGAAGGUGUUCGCAAACGGCGGCCGCGGGGAAAGAAGAAGCAAAACGAAGACCUGCCCCAAUAUGCAGCACCUACAUUGCCGCCCCCUUGGAAUCAAUCUGGCAAUCUAUCCAAAGAAGCGUCCAAUGCUUCAGAGGUCGUCGAGAUGACAGCAGCAGAGACAGCAGAGAUGAUGACUGCGCUUCGAACUGCCUACUCCGACCCACAGGAUAUGCCAGACCAUGUGAAGAAGAUGGUGGACAAGUACGAAAACAAGUCAACAGAACAACUCCGCAAGGAGAUGCAUCGUACGACAGACACCAUCAGCAAGGCGAGGAAGUUGCUCCACCAGCUUCAAGAUGCACGAAGCAAACAUCGGAAGUCAUGGUUGACACACCUAGGCAACCUCGCAAAGACCCUCGAGAAGCAGAUCGAAUCCUUCGAAACACAACAGAAGGAUUACCAAGACAGAAUCCAAAAAUCAAAACGAGAAAUUCAAAUCUCCCGACGGAACUUGCAACGUCUCAAUGCUCAGGCUGCCGAGACUGCAAUCCCGGAGAUGACCAUCGAAGACGACGAACAAGUCGAACCACCAUUACAAGAUGCAGAAGAAGCCGAAUUACGACAGCAGCUCCACAAGAUCAUGCGCCAUUGCUUCAAGACCUCCGCAGUCAAAGACACCAUCGACAUCGAGUCAGAAGACGAGGAGGAUUUGGUCAUGGAAGGGCACACAUUGAAGCGCCCAAGAUCUUGCGUCCAUCAAUCUACAGCUCCAAUCAACAUGACCAAUUUUGGCAAGUACCUGUACAUUCAGCGUUCUCCAAACGAUUUCCAGAUCUCCUGUCCUUGCGCAGCACAGUGCUCUGCCCUGCAUACGACACGGCAUGCAACCAGCAAGACGGUGAAUUUUUCUCCACAUAUUGAGCUUCGAAUACUCUAUGAGGAUGAGAUCCGAAAUCCUACAACCAUCUGGAUGCAUGAGGGAGCUCUGCAUCAAUGGGAACGGAAACUUUGGCAGAGGCGACCUGUUGCCCCAAUCUCUUACCACAAUUCAGACCAACGCACACAAGGAGCGUAUGAAUCGUUUCAAGCUGAAUUUGGUGAGGGCAAUCGACAUCGGGCACACAAUCCUCUUGACAUUCGUCAUCAACCCAUUUUCAUUCAAGAUUUGGAAGUUGCCAUGCAUCAAUAUGGAGAUCUCAAUGUGAACACUCAAGAGCGGAGCAUGGAAGUGCUUUCAUGGUACCUUCAUGGACAUCGCCUACGUGAGUGCAGACGUCCUAGACGGGUACAUCUACCUGAAGAUUUCUUGCAGUGGACGCGACUCCUGAAGAAUGCAUGGAUCGAUGAAGUCAACCAACGACAAGAGGUGCAAUUUUAUGUGUUACUUCCUGAUCCACCAGUGUCGCAAGAGAAUGAUGAACAUGCGGCUCAAGUUGUUUUGGUGCAACAACCACAUGAUCAUGACAGUGCAGCUAUUUUCACCAAUAUCUAUCACUCAACUGAGCGCAUUGCGAUCCAGAGGUUAGUCCGUUUUUGUCCCUAUCGACUCCAUCGAGCUGAUGUUGUGGCUCUUGCGGAAGUACCCAUACAAGUGCAACACAGACCCAUUCAAGCCUAUUAUGGUUGGCGGCCUAUCUUAGAUGAACCGGAGGCCCCGUUACCAAUUCCAAAUGGAGGCUCCAUUGUGGUCCACAUUAGAGCGCUACAAGAAACACACCAACCUGCCAGUUUCAAUGAGGAUGCUGCCAUCAAUGCUGUGGAAGAUGAGGACAUGGCCACCAGCCAAAUUGGAUCAGCCAGACAACGGAGUAGAUCACCACACCGACAGCCUGAAGAGCAAACGGAUGAUACUACAUCCUUCAUGGCCCGACAACCUCAUCUGCGACCUGAUGGUCGAGCACCAGAUGCCGCAGUAUCCAGUGAUGAUGAUUUACGAUCGCAACCAAGCACUACUGGUACAUCCUAUGACAGUGAUGCGCCGUCACAAUUCUAUCACCUAUAUUGCAGAAAUGCGCCAAUGACUGCAGCCAGAAUCAGUACGAUCUCGUGGGAGGCAAUGCAGAGCUCUAUGCGUCAUGCGCUUCAAUUGCCACGACAUGAAGUUCAAGCAAUACACAUGGUUGCAUACCUCCCCCCGGACUUGGUGGCAGCGGCAACACAAGUGGCUUUGAUUCAAAGACCCUUGGAUCUUUCUCCUGGUGAUUCACGUCGUCUUAUUCUGCUGGACAUCAUAUUUCACGGACAUCAUGUGCAUGAUUUUCAUGUGCGUCGAUAUGUGGAACUUCUUCGCAAAGACACGACGAGACGUAUCAUUCUGGAGGACCUUGGACUUCAAGCCUACUGUGCCACAGUACAACAGCGUUGUCUAGUCCAUGUGAAUGACAAACUGAUUGCACUUCAUGACCAUUGCCUUCUUGAAUUGCGCCAUGGGGACUACAUCAGGAUUGAUCUUCCCCCACAUCAGCGACUUCGAGAAGUGCCAACGCUUGCCACUGCAUGCUGCCUGCGUGAUGGACAUCAGAUUGCUGAUAUCCCACGAUUCUAUGCCACAGCACGGACUCCAUUCGAAUGGGCUCCGCUACCACCAGAAGAACCAGAUGAAAAUUCAUUUCUGCAAAAAACCACUAGGUGCCUAACAGCUGAGCAGGUGGCUCACACUCAGCGACCUAGUGAAGAUCGCAGAAUUCUGCACCUUUCUGACUACAUUCCUCCAUGUGAGACGGUGAAAGUCGAUAUGGUUGAAACCUGGGUGGAGCAUGAAAUUGAUCUUUGUGGAGAGCGACCAGACCACUAUGUUGUGAUUGGCAAACUCCGCUACCACCAUGAGUUCAGAAUGAAGCCGGUCACGAAGCGCAACAAAUUCCGUGUGAACAGACAUGCGCUGACGGUGCAACUUCAAACUCCAUGGGCACGUCGGCAACUUGCCCAAAUGCUCACCAAUGCGCCAUGGACCACUGAUCCCCAUGCUGCCGCUGAGCGUCUUGAGCAUCAGACCAGACAGGUAACAGCAGCAAUUCGUCAAGCUGACUUGGACUAUUACCUUCAACUUGCCACUGACAACAACCCUGAGGUGACUACAUCAAUGCGGUCAUCUUUACCUUGCACGGGUCAGCGCAUUCACUCAAUCUCCUCGAGAUAUGCUCUACUUGGGGAUGAAGAACAACAGCGCACGAAAUGGCGCAUUCUGGACCAACUGCCCAGAAGCAUGACCUCACGCAAGGGUCCCUACUAUGUGGUGCAUCUCUAUUCAGGGAGACGCCGUUCUGGUGAUUUCCACGCGAUGAUGGAGCAGCUCUUGGCAGCGAUUCCAAAUGCAAACAUCCGCAUUCUGUCGCUGGAUACAGCGGUUGAUCCACGCCUCAACAUCCAUGACAUGAAACUUUGGACCUUCCUCCUGACGGUGGCCACUGAAGGUCGACUUAUUGGACUCUUACAGGGCCCACCGUGUGAAACCUGGUCAUCCGCAAGGUUUCAUAAACAACUGGAUGAACACGACAAUGAAGUGCGUGGCCCCAGGCCCCUCAGAUCUGCACAGCAACCCUGGGGACUGGCACUUUUGACGUUAGCUGAACUUGCCCAGAUUUUCACGGGCAACUGCUUAUUGCUCAAAGGCCUCUAUCUGGCGGUCAUUGUCGCGCUCAGAGGCGGUGCCGUGUUUUUAGAGCACCCUGCGAUCCCGCACAAUGAAGAAUAUCCCAGCAUCUGGCGCUUAGGACUGGUACGCCUUCUUCUGAGACAACCCCAUGCACUCAUGCGACGCAUUACCGUCGAACAAUGGCGGUUUGGCUCAGUUGGUAUCAAACCAACGACACUGAUGUACGCUAAUGCUCCGCUACCAGCAGCUCUACAGCAGUGCCAGUUGGAUUCCGUACAACGUCCUGAAGGUCUCCUCAUCGGGAAGAACUCCAGCGGGCAAUACAAAACGGCGGCGGCAAAAGAAUAUCCUGAGGCGCUGAACAGGAGCUUUGCGAUUGCCCUGACAGCCUUGGUGACCAAAUGUGCCGCCACAUCAGAGCACUAUAGCAGUGACAUCGAGCCAUAUGGCUCUGAAUUG